AUGUUCCUCGCUGAGAGGAAAAACGUCGCUCUGACGAACAUCUGUUCUUCCGGAGAAGAAGAGGAAGACAAAGAAGAAGUAGGAAACGAUGAUGCCGAACAGAUGAUGGCGAGGAGGACAACGAUGGUUCCAGAUUCUUUGAUGCCGAAUGAUGAUGAUGAUGAAAAUGAUCUCUCGCGCGUCCCCGUCGGGCGGACGCCGACGCCGAAGAGGAAGACGAAGAAGAGAACGCGCGAGAUGACGAAGGAUGAUGAAAAUGAUGAUACUGAACGAGAAGAAGAAGAAGAAGAAGAGACGAUGGUGGUGACGAACACGCAGGUGACGACGCCCGCGAAAGCUCAAAAAACAACGAGGAGUCUGGAUGCGACGAAGAAGUCGUAUUCGUCCUCUCAUCGUCAUCAUCAGCAUCGUCAAAGAAUGAGGUCGCCGUUGAUGGAAACGCAGAAAAACGCGACGGAGGAAGACGAAGAGGAAGACUCGGAGGAGUUUAAAGGCCGCUCGUUAUCGCCGACGGCGGAGUUUCGAGAGGCGCAGAAGAUUGCGUUUAACUCGACGAACGAAAAGAAGAAGACAAAGGAGUUUACGGAGUACGACGACGACGACGAGGAGGAGGAAACAUUCGAUAUUCUGAAGAAGAAGGAGGAAAAUUUGGUCAACGUGAACGCGUACGGAGAAACCAUUCGAGUCGCGGAUACUUUGGCGAUAGACAAUGUAAACAACAACGACAACAACAUCACCGAGGAGCGCGAUGAUGAUGAUGAGAACAAUAAGACAUCGACGAAGAAACGAGGACGCGGAAAAGUCGAUUUCCAGUUUGGCGAUCGACACACGGAAGAACAAGAUUUUGAAGACGGUAAAAAUGGAGUCGUCGCCGUCGCGGAGACUUUUACGCCGAUUCGAGAGACCGUCCCCGCGCCGUCUGGCAUGCACGUUUGCGACGACGAUGAUGAAGAAAAAGAAGACAAAGAUGAAAAGGAAGCAGAUGAAAAGGAUGGCGUACUCCCGCUGAGAGAAAUAUUCCGCGCGAAACACUUAAUCGACCCGCGAGACGCCUCGCGGACGGCGCCCGUACUGGAGGUGCAAGUAUUGCGAGACGAAAGUUUUUCUUAUCGACACGUCGCGGCGAGGACGACGAUUCAAACGAUUCAGACGACGACGCCAAAGACGGCGGUGAAGAACCACGACCAUUAUUUGGCGUAUGAGAUUGACCACGAGAUUCGAGACGCGACGGAAAUUUCGGUGUGGAAGAUUGAAACAGACAACUGUAGUAGUAGUAGUAGUAGUAGACGCGAGCGUAGCGGUAGUGACGAUAGCAAGACUAUGUCACGUUUUUCGUUUAAAGGGACGGUUUUGAUCGGUAAACCGAGCGCGCGGGACGGAAGAACGUCGUCGUCGUCCAAGGGCGGUGGUGGAAAUGGUGGCGGUAAGACGAUGAAACGGUGGGCGUUUUCCAUCGCGCCGAACGGGCUCGUGUUCACGUCCUCGUACAAGAAAUCCUCUCUGCUUUCGAUGAUGGACGAGACGGAACGCACGCACGGGAGCAACAACAGCAGCGAUUCAGACGAUUAUUCAGACGAUUCAGACGACGAAGAUACUUAUUUGUAUGGGAUGAACUCCGCGGAACGCCGAAGGCGGUUUCCCAGGAAAUCGGGAGUAUACGUGCACGACCCGGUGGACGUGAACGAGGAGGAAAGUGUUCACAAGAAGGAUCCCUCUCUCGGGUCAGAAAAGAAAAGUAAUCAAAGCCAAAAACGACGCUCGAGCGGUCGACGACGAAGUAAGACGCCGAGGGAUAGUUUCGGUAACUCCAUGGCGGAUACCAAGAAGAAUCAAAAGACGACGAAGAAACAGACGUAUUUCGAGCUUCAAUCGCCCGGGAUGGCUGGGAAAGUUCGUCCGCGAAAGUUCGCGUCGGCGUUUAGCGAGGAAUACGACGAAACCGUGUUUCGAUUAGCCGGAGUCGGCGCGGAAGGGAAGUGCCGACUGUGGACGUGGUCGUGCGAGAAUAAUGAGGACUUUGAUGACGACGUAAACGGCGACGACGAGAAGAAAAUGUCCUCCUCCUCCUCAAAGAAGAAAUCAAAGAGCAAAAACAAAACGAAGUUUUCGACGGCGAAAAUAUGCGCCAAAUCGGUCACGCAUUGUAAAGACUUCGAGAUCCCGACGUACAAGUCGCACUGCGUCUCUCGAGAGUGCGAGAUUACCUCGUUGUCAUUUUCCAAGGACGGCAACGUCUUAGCGUGCGUGUUCGAUAAGAAACACGUCGUCGUUUGGGACGCUUCGACGACGCGCGUUGUUUUCAGCUAUUAUUGCACGGAGUACGAGAUUGAAAGAGAUGGAUUGCGCGUUUUGGACAACAACAAGAAGAUGAUGAAACAAAGAGGACAAAAGUCCACGCCGAGCCGCCCGAACGCUUCGAACUCGAAAAUGAAGAAGAAGAAGAGCACUUUUACGACGAGCGCGGACGCGACGUCGACGGGUGGUGGUGGUCCGAUUUUCUUCUUUGGCAACUUUCGAAAGAUUAGUUCGUCCUCCGACUCGUCGUCUCCAUCUUCCGUAGCCACGUUCGCGUGCGCGUACAACAAAGAACUCGUCGUCGGUCCAAACGCGUCGUGGGAAAGUCUUAAUAAGGCGAAUAACGGAAGUGACAUCGUCUCGGCCGUCGCGGUGUGCCCAGACGUCUUCGUCGAGGAAGACGACGAAGAAGACGAAGAAGAGGAGGACGAUGAAGAGGAGGACGACGAAUACGACGUAAAGAUGAUAAAGGCGGCUUCGAAAAGAAACACCACGGUCAACGUCGUCGUCACCAACGCCGGCCGCUUAGGCGUCUUUGAAGCUUUCGGCCACGCGAACGAAGCGACACACGCGUACGAAGGCUUGACGUUUACGAAGCGACACGCGUUCGACGAGGAAGACGUAAACGACGACGGUAAAACGAAUAAAAGUCAUAAAAAGAAGGCUUUCCAAGGAAACUUCCUCUGCGCUUCGCACGGCAACCUCUUCGCCGUCGCGCGGAAACGUCCGGGAUGCGUCUCUCUUUACGCGCAAGAAAACCACCACCACUUUGAAGAGAGCUUUUAG